GGAACUUGGACGACCAGUGUUGCCAAUGAACACGGGCAGGUUAUCAUGUCGGUGCUUACAGAAAACAAAGAGUCUGGUCUUGAUGGGAUGAUCUCCGGUGUCAUAAAUAGGUACAAGGUAGCCGCAGAGGCUCCUCCUGAAGUUCUGUAUGCCAAUGGAGACUGCUGUGGGUCUAACUCUCUCAGAAAAGCAUUCAAAGAGUGGAAGGACAUGGAGGUACGGUUGAACAUCUCGGAGUUCAUGCGAAGGAUUUCUGUGGGCUGCACGUCAGAGUCCCAUCAGAUAUACGCGACAUUCGUGGACCGCCUCACCCAUUGUAUUUUCAAAUGGGAUGAGGAGGACCUGAAGCAGCUGAAGGAGGCGAAGCAAAAUGAGCUCAAUUCCGAUAUCGUCCAGCCUUCUGAUGAUGAACUAAUGCAUCACCUCAGCAGAAGCGAGUUGGCCCUCCACUGUAGACGAACCAUGCGUGAUGUAAGGGAGAUCGAAGAACUCAUCACAGCACUCAUUCGGCUCUAUGAUGGGGAGGCGGGAUGGGACUCAUCAGGAGUGCCUCUCUUUAGUUCCAAUAUAAUGGCUGCGAUAUGGGAUUCCCAGAAGAAACAUUUGCCGUGUAUAGUGGAUCCUCUUGGUGUACAACUGUAUGAGCAGACUGGGACACUGGUGAAGGGAGGCCACCUUCUGCCAACCUACAAAUGUUUCAGAGGUUCCACCUCCAUUGAAUCUUUCCACCAGCAUCUGAACCAGCUCAUUCCAGGGGUGCCAGCUUGUUCUACAUUUCUCCAAAUUGAGUUUUUGGAUGGAUUGGUCAGGUGGAAUGAAGCGACUGCUGUGGCCUCAGAGGGCCUGCAGACACCUCAGUCUUGCAUUGGGGUUCUUCAACAAGCUGUCGACCAGCUCGGAGAGGAAGUGCUUGGAAAGAACAUUGUGUCUCCUAUCAGUACAAGUAAAUACACUAGUGAACUGAUUGGGGUCGAGUACCUUUACCAUCAGACUGGCAAAGCAAUCCAGGACAGUAGAUUUAUCAUUAGACAGAUGGAAACCACUGACGUCCAAAUGGCUAAAAAUGAGGGCUGCUGCAAACUAGAGGACAUUGGGGAUUGGACAAUCGCACAUCAACCCAUAGAAGCUUCUCCAUCGAUGACAAGCCGAGGUGCUCCGUUUAAGGGGGAAGAUCUCUUUCCUCCAAUCACAUCCUCACCGGCGACAGGAGUGACGGCUCCAGAGAAGGUUCCUUUCAUAAAAGAAGAGGAUCAUAUGGAGUACAAUUGCGAUGACAAGCCUCUCAUUUCAAACUUGCCUCCAGACACUGUGAUGGAAAACAGCAACACAACACAAGAAGAAGCCUCAACAGAACAACCUGCUCUUGCUCAAGCCCAGUCAGGCUCAACGUUGACUUUGCCAGUUUUGUUUUCCAGCCCUUUUCUGUCAAAACAAAUGAUUGUGGUUUUAACACCUGCACAAAAGAUUGAUGCACCAGCAACAGCGAGCUGCCAUUCGGUUCCUGCUCCUUACACCACACAGUACCACUGGAAGAGAAAACUGGUCAAGGAAAAAGAUGGCAUUUGUACCAGGAAGUAUGUGCGACGAUCAGAGGCUAUCCAGUGCAGAAAGUGCAAUAAAGAGAGAAUAAUGUCAACUCAUCGGCAGUAUUUUGGCAACUGGCAUUGUGAGGAGACCGAAACAAAACCCUUUGCUGUGUGGAAGGCUGAACUGAUAAAGCGGGGUUAUGGAAAGAAGAAGUUCUGAAGGGUUCAGGUGGAAUCAGUAAUAAACAUCCAGCUCUUUUUGUUUUAAUUGUUCCCACUAGUUGUAUGUAUUGAAAUGUUUGAUUUUUGGUGCUUCUAAUCAAAACAUAAUUGCAGCGCUGCAGUCAAAUCAUCCGUGGCAGUGGACCUGAACUGUUUUCUCCAUAUUACUCAACACUUCUGCAAUUCAUAAUUAGUUUCAGGCAAAAAUAUUAUU